CAAUUCAUUCUCUAUUUGUUUCUAACAGGAUUAUUGGCUUUAACCAGUUUGGAGAUUCUUGAUCUAAGUGGUAACGAAAUUAACAGUUUUGUUGUCCCUCAAGUUUCAGGCUCAAAAAGUCUAAACAAACUGGACGUCCUUAUUUUAGAUAGCAAUAUGAUAAAUGGAAGCAAACUGAGGGAAUCACUGCAACCUUUCUCAUCUAUUAGGGUGCUUUCUAUGAAUAGUAACGUGAUAGUAGGAACAAUUACUGCAGGAGAUUUUCGUGAUUUAAGUAGCCUUGAACACUUGGCACUCGACGACAACUUUUCCCUUGACAAUGAGUUUUUCAAAACUAUUGGGGAAUUGACUUCUUUGAAAGUUUUGUCUGCUUCUUUUUGCCUAAUAAACGGCCCCCUUCCUCCUGCUGAUUGGUUUAAGCUGAAGAAUCUCAAAGAGUUAGAUCUAAGUCAAAACCUAUUUAAUGGAUCGCUUCCCUCAUCUUUCUUAAACAUGACAUCUCUUCAGAAGUUGGAACUUUCAUAUAAUCAAUUCAGUGGACAAUUUGAUUCUAGCAUUGCUAGCCUUACAUCACUUGAAUAUUUUGGAUUUAAAGAAAACCAAUUUGAAGUUCCUCUUUCUUUUUCACCAUUUGCUAAUCAUUCAAACCUUAAGUUCAUAUAUGGUAAAGGCAACAAAGUCGUAUUGGACUUACAACCUAGUCCGCAAACUUGGAUUCCAAAAUUUCAAUUACAAGUCCUUAGUUUGCCUUCAAUGACUUGGAAUGAUUCUCUUCCACUCCCCAUGUUUCUUCUACAUCAAAACAGUUUGACUAGCGUAGAUUUCUCUAGUUGUAGAUUGGAAGGAUUGUUUCCUUACUGGUUGUUUGAAAACAACACAAAAUUGACUGAACUUCGUGUUAGAAAUUGCUCUUUCACAGGUGUUCUCCAGCUACCAUUACAUCCUCUUACAAGCAUGAGGAGAAUUGAUGUGUCUGACAAUAACAUAACUGGCCAAAUCCCUAAUAAGAAUAUUAGUUCAGUAUUACCAAAUUUGCAAUAUCUAAAUUUGUCUAGAAACCACAUCCAAGGUUCGAUUUCUCGUGAGUUUGGGAAAAUGAGCUUAUUGCAUACGUUGGAUCUAUCAAAUAAUCAUUUAUCAGGAGAGAUUCCAAAAAACAUAUCCAGAGAUGGGUCACGACUGAAAAACUUGAAACUUUCACACAAUAGGCUCUAUGGACCUGUAUUUCCAUCUUUGAAAUACUUGGAAGAAUUGUAUUUAGAUGACAACAGCCUUUAUGGUAGCAUACCCAAUAGCUUUCUUAACUCAUCUCUCCAACUCUUGAGUCUAGGCUAUAAUAAUUUAGUGGGGAAACUACCAAAUGUGAUUGGAAAUUUUUCAAACUUAGCUAAGCUUUCAUUGUCCAACAAUCUUCUUGAAGGGUCUAUUCCGACGUGCCUAGUCGAACAUCAACCUCUAUUAUAUCUAGAUGUAUCAAACAAUAAUUUGAUGGGUUUUGUGCCAUCUUUUGUCAAUGCUUCCCUGAGAUACAUUCAUUUGAGCAACAACAUGUUCAGUGGUUUACCCAAAAGAAUGUUCAGCAAAAGAUCUUCCAUAAUAAUUCUAGACCUUAGCCACAAUGAAAUAGUCGGUAGCAUUCAAGAUAUGAUGGAAGACCUUGCUCAUUCAAGGUUGAAUAUACUCAUUUUGAAAGGUAACCGCUUUACAGGGCACUUACCAGAGCAGAUAUGCCAAUUGGAAGAUUUGAGUAUAUUAGAUCUUUCUUAUAACAAUUUUUUUGGUCCAAUACCCAAUUGCUUGGGUAAAAUGCCUCUUGAGAAUGAUGACCCUGUCAAGUUUAGGGAAGAAAUUAAUGGCUUUUUUCGUAAAAAUAAUUACUAUGCACAAAUUUUGACACCUAAUAUAGACGAGAAAGCAAUCUUCACUACGAAGAAAAGGUCCUACACUUAUACAGGGAGCAUCCUUGCUUAUAUGUCUGGGAUUGAUUUAUCCAAAAAUAAACUAAACGGAAGUAUUCCAUCCGAGCUUGGAAACUUGAAGAGAAUUCGAGCAUUGAAUUUGUCUCACAAUAAUUUGAUUGGAGAAAUUCCAACUUCAUUUUCCAAAUUAGUACAAAUAGAGAGUUUGGAUCUUUCUUUCAACAUGUUGAGUGGUCAAAUUCCUCAUCAACUAAAUCAGUUGAACUCUCUUGCUGUAUUUAGUGUUGCACAUAACAACUUAUCAGGCGAUACACCCGAGCAAAAAGGCCAAUUUAUUACCUUUGAUGAAAGUAGCUAUGAAGGAAAUUCUCUUCUUUGUGGACCUCCAUUGCUAAAAUGUUGUCAUCCUUGUUUACAAUCACCAGCUGUUUCUUCAAAUGACGAACACAAUAACAGUCCGAUUGACAUGCUUGUUUUUUAUGUAAGUUUUGUUGUGGCAUACACAUCGGUAUUGUUGGUAAUUGUUGCAACUCUCUGUAUUAAUCCUUAUUGGAGGCGAGCAUGGUUUUCCUAUAUGGAAUUGAUAAUCUUAAGUUUUAAUUACUUUAUGCAAGAUAGUUGGAGGAGGUUUUCAAAUUCUGAAAAUAUGUAAUAUAGUUUGUCUUGCAUGCCUUAUAUUGU